AUGAUCAACGCAUUCUUGGUCUUCAAUGGCCAGGGCCAGCCUCGGCUGACCAAGUUCUACACCCAGCUGGACACGAGCAUCCAGCAGCGCCUGAUAUCCGAGAUUUUCACCCUCGUGUCCAACCGCCCGGCAGGUUCCUGCAACUUCCUGCCUCUGCCCCCGCUGCUCGCCGCGUCCAGCACGUCGCACACCUCGACGGAAGAGCAGAGCGACGUGCCCUCGCUGGUGACGUACCGCCAUUAUGCGACGCUCUACUUCAUCAUCAUCUCGACGACGACGGAAUCGCCGCUUGCGCUGAUCGACCUGAUCCAAGUAUACGUCGAGGCGCUGGAUAAGCUGUUUGAGAAUGUCUGCGAGCUGGAUCUCAUUUUCAACUUUGAGACUUUACAUGCGACGCUAUCGGAAAUGAUUAUUGGAGGCGUUGUCAUCGAGACGAGCCUUGAUCGUAUUGUUGCUGGCGUCAGGGCUCAGGGUACCGUUGCGAAACGGCCGGUGAAUGAGGGGCGGAGCACGAUUGGGUCGGGAAUGGGCAUUGGAGGCAACUUUGCCUGGACAGGGCGGGUAUAA